GCCCGGAAGUACUUUGUUAAUUGUGUCAGGUUCAUUCAUACAGCCGUGCGGUUACAGUCGUAGGUGCAAAAAUAAUGAACUAAAAUACGUAUAUACUGAAUCCAGUUAAUUUAAUCAGUAAACCAAUGGCUGCAAAACGUAAAGCUGAUGUAUCGGUGCCUGCAGAGGAAAGUGAUCAGCUCCUAAUUAGACCACUUGGAGCUGGGCAGGAGGUGGGCAGGUCAUGCAUAAUUUUGGAGUUCAAGGGACGAAAAAUCAUGUUGGACUGUGGAAUUCACCCAGGACUGGAGGGAAUGGAUGCACUUCCCUAUAUAGAUUUGAUUGACCCAGCUGAGAUCGACCUGCUUCUCAUCAGCCAUUUUCACUUGGAUCACUGCGGAGCAUUGCCGUGGUUUCUUCAGAAGACCAGUUUCAAAGGGCGGACCUUCAUGACCCAUGCCACCAAGGCCAUCUACCGGUGGCUGCUCUCAGAUUAUGUCAAAGUCAGUAACAUCUCAGCAGAUGACAUGCUGUAUACCGAGACCGACUUGGAAGAGAGCAUGGACAAGAUAGAGACCAUCAACUUCCAUGAAGUGAAGGAGGUGGCUGGCAUCAAGUUCUGGUGUUACCACGCAGGCCAUGUCCUGGGCGCAGCCAUGUUCAUGAUCGAGAUAGCCGGGGUCAAGAUCCUAUACACCGGGGACUUCUCACGUCAGGAGGACAGGCAUCUGAUGGCAGCAGAGAUUCCCAGCGUCAAGCCAGAUAUCCUCAUCACUGAGUCCACAUAUGGGACACACAUCCACGAGAAGAGGGAGGAGCGGGAGGCCCGCUUCUGCAACACCAUCCAUGACAUUGUGAACAGAGAGGGCCGCUGUCUGAUCCCCGUGUUUGCUUUGGGCCGGGCCCAGGAACUGCUUCUCAUCCUGGACGAGUACUGGCAGAACCAUCCGGAGCUCCACGACAUUCCCAUCUACUACGCGUCGUCCCUGGCCAAGAAGUGUAUGGCUGUGUACCAGACCUAUGUCAACGCCAUGAACGACAAGAUCCGCAAGGCCAUCAACGUCAACAACCCCUUCGUCUUCAAGCACAUCAGCAACCUCAAGAGCAUGGACCACUUCGAUGACAUCGGACCCAGCGUGGUGAUGGCGUCUCCUGGAAUGAUGCAGAGUGGUCUGUCCAGAGAGCUGUUUGAGAGCUGGUGCACCGAUAAAAGGAACGGCGUGAUCAUUGCCGGCUACUGCGUGGAGGGAACUCUCGCCAAGCACAUCAUGUCAGAGCCGGAAGAGAUCACCACCAUGUCAGGCCAGAAGCUGCAGCUGAAGAUGUCUGUGGACUACAUCUCCUUCUCAGCCCACACUGACUACCAGCAGACCAGCGAGUUCAUCAGGGCCCUGAAACCACCUCACGUGAUUCUAGUUCAUGGGGAGCAGAACGAGAUGGCCCGUCUUAAAGCUGCUCUGAUCCGAGAGUACGAGGACAAUGACGAGGUCCAUAUCGAGGUGCACAACCCACGAAACACGGAGGCCGUCACCCUGAACUUCAGAGGAGAGAAGCUAGCGAAGGUGAUGGGCAGCCUGGCUGAUAAGAAGUGUCAACAGGGCCAGAGGGUGUCUGGAAUCCUGGUCAAACGCAACUUCAGUUACCACAUCCUCACCCCCUCAGAUCUGUCCAACUACACAGAUCUAGCCAUGAGCACAGUGAAGCAGACCCAGGCCAUUCCCUUCACCGGGCCCAUCUCUCUGCUGGCCAGCCAGCUGCGUAACCUGGCAGGGGAUGUGGAGGAGGUGGAGUCUACUGAGAAAAUCACCCUCCGGAUCUUCAAGAACAUCACCCUGGUGCAUGAUGCCGGGAUGGUGGUGUUGGAGUGGAUCGCCAACCCUCUGAACGACAUGUAUGCUGAUGCAGUAACCACUGUGGUUCUGGAGGUCCAGUCCAACCCUAAAGCACAGAAAGUCAUGGAACACGUGAAGGAAGGUGUCGACACGGACGUCUUCCAGCAGAGGUUGGAGAUCAUGCUCCACGACAUGUUUGGGGAGGAUUGUGUGGACUUCAAGGACAACAAGACGUUGACCGUAACCGUGGACGGGAACACCGCGUUCAUCUGUCCAAAGACCAGAACUGUGCAGUAUGAGGAAGGCAGUGCUGAAGAUGAGACCCUGAGGGAAAUGGUGGAGCUGGCUGUGCAGAGGCUCUAUGAUGCACUCUCCCCAGCCACCUGAGGGCCUGGCCCCCUCCCCUUUACGGAACGAGGAGCACCGACGCGUGGUCUGUUCAGUGGGUCUUUCAGGGAUUUUUUUCGUCUAUUAUGAACUAGUUAUUUGUGUGUUAGACAGGAAAAGGUGACCGUAGUUAUCUCCUGCUGGUUACCUGGGGCUGGUGUUGUAAUGAUCCAAAUGUCAGUGGAACUGCCUUCUCACACAGAGCGUUGUUGUGUUUGGAAAACUGAAGUGAUUCCAAAGGAAUUAACCUCAAUUUGCUUAUUUUGAAUUCUCAAUGUACCAUCUUUGUACAUCUGCAAAAUGCAUUUGUUUUAAAUAAAGGUCUAUGCUGACCACAUUUUGUUAA